GUUGACAGUCAUCCGCAUCACAGGCGAGAUUGCUCUAUCCCGUAGAGAUUCGAAGAUUUCGAAAAUCGCGAUCGACGCCGAUAUACGAGGCGGGCUAAUCAGAGGUUGCUGCUAUUUAAAUCUAGUCAAAUAUCGAUCAAAUUUGCAAGUGAAAACUAAUUGAUUUAAAGACGAUGGAUCUUACGCGGAGAACAAUAACAAAAACGAGUGUUGGCAGGUCACGGUCGGGCAUGCGAUUUGAUUUUUAAAACGUUGCAGUACUAGUAGCGAAAGGACAUCAAUAGUGAACUUCGUUUGCAGGGUAUUAGUUUGAUUUUUCAAUCAAAAAUACAACCAACUCACACAUGCGAACGUUCUUUGGUAUAUUCAAAGAGACGUAACUGAGUCACCAUCCCAAGUACGAUGAGAUAUAAAGUAAACGACCCCGAAAAUCGUGCUGGGCAAACCGAACUCACAAGACAGGCGUCCAACGCAUCGUGGCAAUACAAUACGAAUGCCGAUACCAUGAAAUCGAGAUCAAAAGAAGCGAUACUGAUUCUAGUCGCGGGGCUCUUGACUGUGGCCGUUAUUGCACUCGUAGCUACGCUAAUUUUACAAACGGCCGUAUUCACCAAAGAGGAAUACAAGGAGAUGUGCCAGAGCGAGGAAUGCGUCAAAACAGCCGCAAGAGUUAUAGAGUCAAUGGACAAAUCCUUUGAGCCUUGUGAUGACUUCUACAGAUUCGCCUGCGGUGGUUGGACUAAAAACAACCCCAUACCGCAGAGUCAAACUUCGUGGGAUCAACUGAGUUUAUUGAGAGAAGAGCUCAUGAGAAACCUCAGAGUUUUGCUUGAGGAAGAAAACUCUCCAAAUGACCUGAGGCCUGUAAAGUUGGCCCGGGCGCUCUACAGAACUUGCAUGGAUAUAGAAAGCGUUGAAGAACUGGGCCUCGAACCAAUAUUUGAUGUUCUAUCUCGACUGGGCUUACCCAGAGAACCUCCUCUGGGAAAUGUCAUCGAACCUUUAAAUCUAGCUAAUUUAUCCGGAGUUGUCCAGAGAGUACUGGGACUCAAUCUCUUUGUGAAUUUCUACAUAAACGAGGAUGUCAGAGACACGACAAAAAAUCGAAUGACGAUGGAGCAGGUUUCCCCUGGCUUUAGCGAAAGAUAUCUUUUGGAGCCUUCACGUUUCCAGUCGGAGUUGAAGGAAUAUAGAAAGUAUGUAACAUCGAUGAUGGAGUUGGCUGGGGCUGGCAACAAGAGUGCUGCAUUUGCUAACGAACUGAUAGUAUUCAGCACCGAAAUUGCGAAGAUUGUGACAACACAAGAACAAAGGAGAAGCGUAAAUCACUUAUUUCACGAUAUUACAGUUACCGAACUGCAACGUCUGACGGACCUGUAUGCUCAGCAGUGGAACUGGACGACGUACUUGGGCGCGGUUUUCAACAAUACAAAUGUUACAAUAAACAAUAACAUGGACCGGAUCAUCGUUAUGGAUUUGGAGUACCUUCGGAAGUUGCCAGGCUUAUUGGCAAAUACACCCCCAGCAACCUUAGCAAGGUACGCAUGGUGGGGUGUGUAUUCAACAGUUGCGCCACUAACCCUACAAAAAUUCCGUGACCUCGGAUUCGAAUUUUCUCAAAAACUGUUUGGAUUGAAGGAGAAGACUGCGAGAUGGAAAGGCUGUACUGGAAACGUGAAUUCUAAUUUUGGAAUGGCCCUCAGUUACUUAUAUAUACAAAGACAUUUCAACGAACACUCCAGAGAGAAGGCAUUAGAAAUGCUCUCCGACAUUAAAGAGGCAUUCGAUGAAAUGGUCGCGGAGCUAGACUGGAUGGAUGCAGGCACACGAGCCACAGCCCAUAAAAAAUUAGCAGCGAUAAGACCAUUUGUCGGUUUCCCGGAAUGGAUAACCAAUCCAGACCGUCUGAAUGAAUUUUAUAACGGCGCUGAAGUGGUGGACAAGAGGCUUUUAGAGACGUUCUUGAAACUGACCAAUAUUGGCGUACGAAAGAGUUUAAAUAGUUUGAGAAAGAAACCUGAUAAAAAUAGAUGGAUUUCAACUGGAACCACCGUGAACGCGUUUUAUAGCGCAAUCUUAAAUUCCGUCACAUUUCCUGCUGGCAUUUUGCAUCCACCAUUCUAUGGUAAUGGAAUAGAAUCAAUUAAUUAUGGAGCGAUGGGAGCAAUAAUGGGUCACGAAUUAACGCACGGCUUUGACGACCAAGGUCGCAGGUACGACGAAAACGGAAAUCUGAGACAAUGGUGGAGUAAUGAAACACUAAUCCACUACCAUGAGAAGGUAGAAUGCAUAAUAAAACAAUAUAGCAACUACCAUGUACCGGAAUUGGGCGAUCAUUAUACGGUGAAUGGAUUGAAUACCCAAGGAGAGAAUAUAGCAGACAAUGGCGGAAUAAGAGAAGCAUAUCGUGCUUAUAAACGUUUAACCACGAGGAACCCGAGUGGUCAGCAAGCUCUGCCAGGAUUGACGGAAUACACACAGGACCAGUUAUUCUUCCUCGGCUUCUCGCAGGUUUGGUGUGGCAAUUAUACGACCGGCGCUCUGAAAUCAAAGCUGAUAGAAGGCGUCCAUGCGCCUAACCACUUCCGUGUCAUCGGCACACUUUCGAACAAUGCAGACUUUGCAAGAGCAUGGCAUUGUCCGAUUGGAAGUCCAAUGAAUCCACAUCAUAAGUGUGUAUUAUGGUAGUUCGCGGGUAAAGAAAAACCUUAACAAAGUCAGCUGUGUAAGAACACAGUGAACAAUCAGGAUAUUAUAUAAUAAAUCCUACUUUAGCGUUCAAUUUUGUCUUAUUUAU